UUCACCACUUGAAGUGAAAACAAUAAAAAUAUUUCCCUGGAUAGUAAUUAUGAGACCAAAAAUGUAACUGCAAUUAACAAGAAUAACUUCAUUUUUCUUCAAGGUGAGGCUUGCUUUCUGAAUGAAUUCCGCUGCGCCCCUCAAAAGAGCUAAGAGCUGAGAAAGGGAAUACCAAUAGAGUGGGAGAAGAUAUUCAACAGCGACGACUCUCCGGCGGAGCUGGUGAUUAACUCCGCCUUACCACGGCUGCCUGCUGAAAAACAGUAAUCGAUCACCAUGGACGGAGAAGAGCUCAAAGAAGGACUUUCGAACUUAUCAGAUACAGAAUUGACCGACAAAAUUGCUAGGCUAAAAAAAUCUCUCUUUAGCAACAUUGGUGUUAGGCUACCCGAUGGAGGUGAAAAGCUUAGGGCAAAUAUCAAACUGCAUGAGGAUGAAUUAGAAUGGAGGAAACGGGUAGGUUCCAAUCAGGCAGUGUCUAAGCCAGCCAAUGCUUUCCAAGAAGAACUAUAUGCUCUGAAUCCAUGUGACCACAAAAGUACAUUAAACAACCAGUUUUCACAUAGAAAAAGACACAAGCGAGAGUUAUUGUCACAGGAAGAACCUUAUAAGUCUCCUGUAGACAAAGGUGAACAAGUUCUGAAUGUUGAUCUAAAAGGAUGGGAUUCUUCUACUCGUUCUAAAGAAAAUAAGGCCAGCUGUUUCUCAGAGAAGUUUAAAGCCUCUCAAGCACAAUCUUCAUAUACUCGAAGGCAUGCAAAUGGGCAGGCUGUUGUUCUAGUGGAUGAGGAGGAUCCUGAUGCAAUUAAAGCGACAGAGCCAGUGGACCAAGUAAUUGAACGAAAGGCAAUCACAAUAUACUAUCCUUCACGGGUUGAUCCCGAAUCCGUUGAAAUUUGUUGUUCGGACAUGGAAUCUCUAGCACCUGAAGCAUAUUUGUCAUCGACUAUAAUGAAUUUCUACAUCCGGUACCUCCAGAAGACAAAACCUCAUGCAGAUGUCAAUGAGUAUCACUUUUUCAAUACAUAUUUUUACCAGAAGCUCAAAGAGGCUGUACUGAGCAAGAAUGAAAAGGAAGCUUCAUUUAUCAGACUAAGAAGGUGGUGGAAAGGGGUGAAUAUAUUUGAGAAAGCCUAUAUAUUUCUUCCCAUACAUGAAGAUCUUCAUUGGAGCCUGGUUAUAAUUUGCAUACCAGAUAAAGAAGAUCAACUGGGGCCAAUUUUACUUCACUUGGAUUCAUUAGGGCUUCACUGCAGCAAGUCCCUCUUUGCUACCAUAAGAAAAUUUUUGGUAGAAGAAUGGAAAUUCUUAAGACAAGGAGAAGUGCUAGCUCUUCCUAUUUCAGACAAAAUAUGGGAAAAUCUUCCACGAAGAAUUGAUGAAAACAUCAUUCAGGUCCCACAACAAAGAAAUGAGUAUGACUGCGGUCUGUUUGUUCUUUUCUUUAUGGAGCGUUUCAUUGACGAAGUUCAUAGAAGGCUUAAAAAGAAGGAUUUGACCAUGUUUGGAAGAAGGUGGUUCAAACCUGCCGAAGCCUCUUGUUUGAGGAUGAAAAUCCGCAGAAUACUCGAGGAAAAAUUCAAGAAUGUGAGUGAGAAUGAUUGAUAUUUUUGGGAUUGGUACUGUGUACAGACAGGUAAAUACUCUUGCUCAAAGAAAUCCACUAGCAGUUUUUCAGCAUAAACUAGGGUCAUGACAUGCCUGCUUGCCUUGCAUAGCUGUAAAGUUGGAUACUGUCGUCAGUCAUACAUCAACCAUAAAUAGGCAGAGGAUAUAGUAGAACUGAUUGACCCAUCCAAUGGGAAGGAGAAAUGCAGUAGACUUCCCUGGGAAAUAUAUACAUUGUCCAGAAAUCAUAAUUGAACAAUCACCAAGAGGAAAAAACAGAAGAUUUGGGCGAUGCAUCGGUAUUGACAUCUGCUGAAGCAAGUAGCCCCUAAAACCAGAAGCUGCAGCCAUGUCCAUUUCAAAGAUGGAAGGUAUCUAUGGAUCACCAGUCCCCUCCCCCCUCUCUCGAUUUGUGGCAGUUCUCCUUCUGCUAAAAACAGUUUCACAUGUUUGCAUUUAAGCGAACAAAAUAAGUAAAGUGAAAGCUUUAGCUUAAUGAAGAAACAACUUCUUUCCGUCCUUUUGGUUCAGGCUGCAGUUGUUACUGCUGCUUCCCGCUUGAUAGUUUAUUAAAUGAGCCAAUUCAGUUGGGAUCUAUAGAACUUGUCUUCAUAUUCAAAAUUUGCUCUGAAAUGAUGUUUUCACCUCAAGAAUUAUUUGCAGAAGAAAAGAUGGAUGGGCUCUGCGCUUCCCAAACAAACCCUCCUAGACGUUGAUUUAUCUUGGAUUAUGUAAGAAAGUUAUUUUUUUAUGUAAGGUCAGAGAUGGUCUGAAACCAAUAUUUGAUUAUCUAAUAGAUCUUUCAAUUCUAUAGGAGAGUGUUUUCGCUUAUGUAACAAUAAUGUACUGAUCUUCAUAUUUUCAUAUUUGGUUAGUCAAAAAAUAUUUUUUCUAGGAUCAUUGUCCCUCUCCAUUCA